CCAGAUCCACAGCCGGUGCCGGAGCAGUGGCAGGGAGCUGGAGCGGAGGCCGUGCUGGCGCCAAGCCCCAGUCGCCGCUUGGUGGUUUGGAGCGCGGGCCGGCGUGUCGGCCUCUAUUCUGGGCUCUGUUUCAAGCAGGGAGCCGCGACCCCCGCUCCCAGGCUCGGAACGCGAUCGCCCCUGCCCGGCCUGGUUGCAGCCUGAGCUCUAAACACGCAGGAGACCCGGGGUGGGGUGGGGGUGGGCGUUGGUCAGUAUCCUCGACCUGACGGCCUGGGGCUCGAAGGGGAAAACAGCAGAGAGGAUUCCACGAAAGAGCACUGAGUGAGCACGGGGCGCCGAGGAGAGUGGAGACUUCACCUGGCUCCGGAAGGAGGUGCCCAGGACUGACGGAGGCCUGGCUUGGGCACCAGAAAGCCUGGCAUCCCAGCAGCCACGACCUCGGCUCUGCCUUGACUGAGUCAGAACUCUCGAUUGGCUCGGGCCUGGCAGAAGUGGUGCCCUCAUCUAUCUGAGCCAGGCACAGGACCCAAGAAAUCCGGACCCUGUCCAGCGCGCAGAUCUCUGGUGGUCGCUGGAGAGCUUGCCUCCUGCAGCAGCCCCACUGGUGCGGAUGUGCCUCUGUCCUUUGGAGCGCCAUGAAGGAAGGAUGACCUCAGUCAAAGCAGUGGCAGUGACUGGAAGUUCCCGGGAGGAUGGACCCCCAAAGUGGCCUCCUGACAGCCCCCAAGUCCUUGGGCAGCCUGGUCGGGCCAGGGUAGCUGUGGCAGCACUGGUGUGGCUGCUGGCUGGGGCCAGCAUGUCAAGCCUCAACAAAUGGAUCUUCACAGUGCACGGCUUCGGGCGGCCUCUGCUGCUCUCAGCGUUGCAUAUGCUCGCCGCAGCACUGGCAUGCUACUGGGGAGGUCGGCGCCCCAUGCCCAGCAGCACCCGUCGCAGAGUAUUGUGGCUCAGCCUCACCUUUGGUUCCUCCAUGGCUUGUGGCAACGUGGGUCUAAGCACUGUGCCCUUGGACCUGGCACAGCUGGCCACCACCACCACACCUCUGUUCACACUGGCCCUGUCUGCACUGCUGUUUGGCCGACGGCACCAUCCACUGCAGUUCGCUGCCAUGGGCCCCCUCUGCCUGGGUGCUGCAUGCAGCCUGGCUGGAGAACUCCAGGCACCCCCAGCUGGCUGUGGCUUCUUGCUAGCCGCCACCUGCCUCCGAGGCCUCAAGUCUGUUCAGCAGAGUGCUCUGCUGCAGGAAGAAAGGCUGGAUGCUGUGAGCCUGCUGUAUGCCACCUCUCUGCCCAGCUUCUGCCUGCUGGCAGGUGCUGCCCUGGUGCUGGAGGCUGGUGUGGCCCCACCACUGGCUCCCAUGGACUCUCGCCUCUGGGCCUGUGUUCUGCUCAGCUGCUUCCUGUCUGUGAUCUACAACCUGGCCAGCUUCUCCUUGCUGGCACUCACCUCCGCCCUCACAGUCCAUGUCCUCGGCAACCUCACGGUGGUGGGCAACCUCAUCCUGUCCCGGCUCCUGUUCAGCAGCCACCUCAGUGCACUCAGCUAUGUGGGCAUCACACUCACUCUUUCAGGAAUGUUCCUUUAUCACAACUGUGAGUUCGUGGCCUCCUGGGCUGCCCGCUGGGGAUUGCGGCUCAGGGACCAGCCUGGAAAGGGUCUUUGAGACCUGGGGGAGCUCAUGAGUCACAUGUGGACAGUCUCAGCCAGAAUCCAACCUUGGCAGGCCAUGAGGAAAGUGGAGAAGAGGUGCCAGGUCGGGGGGAAAAGAGGCGCCUUCUGGAAGGGCUGCCUGGGAGGCUAGGCCAGAGACUUCCAAGACAUCCAGUCCUGCCUGCCUCACCUGUCAUAGCCACACCUGCCACUGAAUGGUGGGUCCAAGUCUGGCAUAGUCACUGUGCAACAGAUGAAUUAUUACCAUUAGUAUCAACUACUAUGCUGAAUAUUGCUGGGAAAACUUGGAAAACCUCAAUGUGUUCUAGUGAAGAUGACCACGAUGCUUGGUUACAUAAUCUUUCCCCCAGCAGGGGAGUCAGUGAGAGACCACAGAGAUGGGCUUCUUCUUUGUUGGGCUCCCCUAAAGACUUGGGGUAGUCUGUGCCAACAUCAGGCAGCUGCUGUGGCCUCACUUUGGGUCCGUCCCCUCAAAUUUUGGGUCUUCCAUCCUUAAAUAAACUAUUUUUGCUUGGAGCACCUGUGCCAUUCCUUGGGGCA